GAAAAAGUUUGGGAAAACACGAAAUAUCUCAAAUCAAUAGAUGUUGGAAAAUCAUUUGUUAAGGAAAGAUACGAUAUAGAGAUUAAAAACAAACACUCCGAGCCUGUUUCUCAUUACAUUUUUGGCCUACCUAGGUAUGUGAAAGAGGACAUUUCUCUGGUUAUCGCGUUGACUGUUGGCGCCAAUGGCAAGAAAAUUCUUCUAAAAUCAUCACAAAUGGAUAUAUACGAUGACGAUAUUCUUUACUACACCAUAGCCCUACCUUAUCCAAUUUCUCCCGGAUCUGAAUUUUCAUUAUCACUCUCGGCCAUAAUAACUAAACAAUUGGUUCCUUACCCAGAGAACAUUCCUAUGGAAAAAGAACAAGUUUUAAAAGUGACUACUAACGUCUACCCAUUGUCUCCUUAUGAUACCGACACAUACUCUGUUGCAUUGCUAUCUGUGACGGAUUUUCAUGAACUACCUCAUGAAGAUCUUCCAUAUUCUUUAAUUAAAGGUGACAUAGUGAGUAACAAUAUUUUAUAUGAGGCAACUGAAAAAAUUCCUAGUGAUACAGUGUUUGACUUCUCUUUCACCUUUUCCAGGAAUGCCCCUCUAACUUAUGUCAAUUACUUGAAGAGAGAUCUUUGGAUUUCACAUUGGUCAAGUGCACUUCAGCUAGAGGAGUACUACGAAAUCACAAACCAUGGCGCUAAAUUGGAUAAAGGCUUUUCGAGGGCUAAAUAUUUCAACGAAAAGCUUGCGGCUAGACAGCAUCAUGCUAUCACUGCAUUAAGAAUUCCUUUCGAUAAAUCAAAGACGAUUCAAGAUCAAUCUAUUUAUUUCGUUGACAAGGUGGGUAAUGUUUCAACUUCUCAAUACUAUAAUGAUGAGUUGGUCUUACGCCCUAGAUUUCCUCUCUUUGGAGGAUGGAAUUACAACUUUACCAUUGGCUGGAAUUAUGAUUUAAAACAGUUCUUAAGACAAGGCAAUGACGAGUACAUACUCAGUGCACAUAUCUUGGACGGAAUCCGUGAUACUACUUACGGAAAAAUCGAUUUCAGCAUUUAUCUCCCAGAGGGUGCCGAGUUGAUUGACUAUUCCUUACCUUUUUCUGCUAGUGAACCUGAAAUUUCCAAUGAAUAUUCAUAUCUAGACAUUGAAAAUGGACAUACAAAAAUAUCCUUCGAGUUUGAGAACAUUGUUGACGAAAUGAAAAACUUGGAGUUGAUUUUGCGUUAUAGGUAUUCUACUUACAACGUAAUUCAAAAGCCACUAUUUGCUGCUUUUUAUUUAUUCUUGGCUUUGAUGGGUUUGUAUGUGUUGAAGAAAAUCGAUUUAUCCAUCAAG